UUUUUCGUGAUACAUAAUUGCCGACAAGUAAAUAGCAACUUCGAAGAACGAUUUAUCGCGCGGAUCAGUGCACGUAUUACAGAGUCUUAAAAAACCAAACUUUCCCCAACUUUCAAAGAACCAUUUUCUUGCCAUGGCAGCACCAAGUCAGUCUCUGGUAUUCACAGUACGAAGGUGCAAGCCCGAGUUAAUUGCUCCAGCUAAGCCCACACCCCACGAGUUCAAACAGCUUUCUGAUAUCGACGAUCAAGAGGCUUUCCGAUUUCAUGUCCCGGUGAUACAAUUUUAUAGACACGAUCCCUCGAUGCAAGGGAGAGACCCUGUGAAAGUCAUCAGAGAGGCACUUGCUCAAGCACUUGUGUUUUACUACCCAUUUGCAGGUAGGCUUAGAGAAUGGCCUGGAAGGAAACUUGUAGUAGAAUGCACUAGUGAGGGUGUCGUAUUCAUCGAGGCAGAUGCCGAUUUUACACUUGAGCAGUUUGGUGAUGCUCUUCGACCUCCAUUCCCGUGCUUGGAGGAGCUUCUUUUUGACCUUCCAGGCUCUGGAGGGGUUCUUCAUUGCCCAUUACUGCUUAUUCAGGUGACGCGGCUCAAAUGCGGCGGGUUCAUCUUCGCACUACGCCUCAACCACACGAUGAGCGAUGCCGCUGGUCUGGUCCAGUUCAUGACAGCCGUGGGCGAGGUGGCGCGAGGACAGCGCGCCCCUUCCGUCUUACCCGUAUGGCAGAGACAUCUCUUAAAUGCGAGGGACCCAACAUGCUUGACAUGCACGCACCGCGAGUACGACGAGGUGAUCGACACCAAGGGUACUGGCACCAUCACCCCGCUCGAGGACAUGGCUUGCCGCUCCUUCUUUUUCGGCCGUACCGAGGUGUCUGCCAUCCGUAGGUUUGUGCCGCAUCACCUGAGCCAGUCCACCACCUUUGAGGUGAUCAUGGCAUGCCUUUGGCGAUGCCGCACCAUCGCACUCCAGUUCGACCGCAACAAGGAGGUGCGCAUGAUGUCCCUCGUCAGCGCGCGUGGCAAGUUCAAUCCUCCGUUACCGAGCGGUUACUACGGCAACGUUUUUGCGUUCCCAGCAGCAGUCACGACUGCCGGAAAGCUCUGCGAGAACACUAAUUUGGGUUAUGCUUUGGAAUUGGUAAGGAAGGCAAAAAAAGAAGUGAACGAGGAGUAUAUGCGGUCGGUGGCAGAUCUAAUGGUGAUCAGAGGCAGGCCAUUCCUAACGGUGGUGGGCUCAUUCGUUGUGUCGGAUGUGACACGUGCCGGGUUUGGAAAGGUGGACUUUGGGUGGGGCAAGCCAGCUUAUGGUGGACCAGCCGAAUGUUUUAUAAGAAGUAUUCCUAGAACGGGGAGCUUCUAUAUUCCUUGUAAGAACAGUGAGGGAGAGGAAGGGAUAGCCGUGGGAGUUUGCUUGCCAGCCCCAGCAAUGGAAAUAUUGGUCAAGGAGUUGGAUUUCUUUCUGAAAAACAUGCCCGAGAGUGGCAAGAAAUCCACUUUUACUGCGUCUAAACUGUAAACCCAACUCAUGAUCAACGUACGGCCGUCGGAAGUCCAGUCGUUCGAAUAAAAGGUGAAAUUCAAAAUUUCUUGUGUAGCAUUCCCCAUUUCAUCAUGAAAAUCCUAGUCUUUACCGAGAAUACAUGCCGAAAGUAGGUACGAUUUUUUUUUUUAAAUCAUAUAAAAUUACAAAUACAAAAAGGCGACAAUAUCGACGGAACGAAAUGAAAAUCGAGAAACCGAGAAACCAUCGUACUGGAAUUCAGAAGAAAGGAAGAAGGACUGAAAUCCAAAAGGAAGAAAGAAAGAUUGUGUGACUUUGUACACCGGAGUAAAACUCAUAAGGAAUGAAGAAAGAAGGACUGAAAGCCAGAAGGAAGAAAGGACUGCAUGACUUGAUUCAUGAUCGGACUAAAACCAAAAGUCUGAAAAAUGCCAAAUCCAUUUCGAAAGCUUUCGGACUGAAACAGAGUGAAAAGAAACAUUCCGAAUAAAAAUCAUUUAGAUUGAUUAACAGUAUGUUAUGAAGCAUUUCAAUUUUUGUUCUC